AUGCAAUCAAAUGAAUAUCGAAUUCAGUUCAGAUUAGGAAUGGAAUCAAUCAAGUUAAAGUCUAACGUUUCCUUUCUUGAAGGCAUCUCCAGUUAUAAAUAGCAAACGGAGGCGGUGAGUACCACAACGCUUUGGUCUGCUUCCACUCCAAGCACCGUUUUCUUCUCUUCUCCCCUCAGGCUUCCGAUCGAUCCGCACUGCUGCUGCUGCUUCGAGAAGUCAUCAAUGGAAAGGUACGAGAUCGUGAAGACUCUCGGCUCCGGCGAAUUCGGUGUCGCCCGAAUGAUGAAGAACAAGAAGACCGGGGAGGUGCUCGCCAUGAUGUUCUUCCGCCGCGGCGAAAAGAUUGAUAAGGAUCUUGAGAGGGAAAUCAUAAAUCGCAUGUCGCUUUUCCAUCCCAAUGUCAUCCAAUUCGAAAAGUUGUUGUUGACGCCUACGCAUCUGGUGAUCGCGAUGGAGUACGCCGGCGGCGGCGAACUCUAUCCUCGCAUAGAGCUGUGUCAGAGAUUCACCGAAGACGAGUCGAGAUAUUUCUUUCAGCAACUGAUCAACGCCGUCAGCUACUGCCAUUUCAAGGGUGUUUGCCAUCAAGAUCUCAAACCGGAGAAUGCCUUGCUCGAAGGCAGCUGGGUGCCACGCAUCAAGAUCGGUGACUUCGGAUUCUCUAAGUUAAUUCACUCGCAACACUCCUCAAGAAAGGGAUUGCUGCUAUCCUACCUCAGUCCUGAAAUCAUGAAGGGGAAACAAUACGAUGGCAAGAUGGCUGAUGUUUGGUCGUGUGGAGUCACUCUAUAUACGAUGUUGGUUGGGAAAUUUCCUUUCGAUGGCUCGGGCAUUGCAGAUACCUAUCAGAACAUUGUUUCAGCUAAUUAUCCGAUUCCUAAGCUGGUCACUGAGAGUUGCAAAGAUUUAUUAUCCAGGAUUUUUGUUGUCGAUCCGUCAAAGAGAAUAACAAUUGCUGAAAUAAAGAAGCAUCCUUGGUUUCUAAGGCUGUUGCCUCAGGCGAUGACCGAAGAGGUCCAGAUGAGGUUUUACCAUUGUGAGCCUGACGAGGCCCUUCAAAGCUUGGAAGAGAUAAAGAUGCUCAUUGAGGAGGCAAGGACCAUUCCGCCAUGGCCGCAUCUAUGAUGGUUUUGUUUGUAAAGUGAAGCUAAAGAAGGAAGAGUGUUGUAAAGUUUAGUAUAAGAAACUUUAUACAAGUUGUUUCGUUUCAGAAAAAGGAUGCAGAUAAUACUCUGAAAAAGAUAUUAGUUGUUGAUAAAGAUCAACAAAUGUUAUUAAGUAGAUUGCAAUAUAGUUGGUAUGUUUUUUAC